UUCGGGGCCAAAAUUAACACAAAUCGGCAUAAACACCGGGCGAAUCUAAUGAAAAGUGACCGUGGAAUGUUACUGUGAAGUGGAAUGUUAACACGUAUUAUGUUGAGCUUGGUUCCCACUAACGCUCAGAACAAGAAGGUCGAGGGUCCGUGUAUGAUUGGCUCAUCAAUGCAAAAUAAGUCUAAGGAGGGGGAAUAACAAAGGAACGCCGCCCUCGUGGUCUUAGAGUCCGCGCAUAUAAAAAGCGAGCUGAGAUCUUCAGCAGCUUCAGAAGAGAACUGAACACGGCUGAGUAAGAGUCAGGAUAGACACACUAGGAUUUUCCCAGAUCGUCGACCAGACAUCCAGACAAUAGAAAAUAUGGUGGCCGUUCAGAAACCUUGGACAACCCUGAUUGCUCUUGCUAUCUGUGUGCUGGUGUGCCUCGGGACUUUGGUGGAUGCCUAUCCUCCCAAACCUGAGAACCCAGGAGAGGAUGCACCCCCAGAGGAACUGGCGAAGUACUACUCUGCUCUCAGGCAUUACAUCAAUCUCAUCACACGGCAGAGAUAUGGGAAGAGAGGUAGUCCGGAAGCUUUGUCAGAGUCCCCCUUUGAUGCGAGCAGGGAUCACAUUGGGAGGUCAAGGUACGAUGAUUCCUUGAUGUGGUGAUUCCCUUCUCUUUGUACCUUGUCUACCUUUUGUGUCUUUGCGUUUUAAUUAUGGUGCAGAAGGAUCGGACCUCUAAAGAAUUAUGUGAAGACUACACCAAACCAAAAGGAUCACUGCAUGCAAACCUUUUUCAUGCAUUGAGAAACCAUUGAAGCUUUUCUGUGGCAGACAAUUGUACAUAAUUUAUUGUUAAUAUAUGGCAAUCAAAAUCAAAAUGUGCGGUCUCUCUGAGAAAAAUCUUCUGUUUGUAUUGUAAAA